CUAUCUAUUGACUGCGGCAAGUCAAAGCUUGGAUUCACUGUUUACCCCUCCCCUCAGGUUUCAACAUCUGUUGCUGAGCCCUAUAACAGUGACCUUUCAACCCACUCCCUGCUCGAGCAUACAAAUGUAGCUGUGCUUCUGGACAAUGAAGCAAUCUAUGACAUUUGCAGGCGAUCCCUUGACAUUGAGUGCCCAACCUACACCAAUCUUAAUCGCCUGGUCUCUCAAGUUAUUUCAUCACUCACUACGUCAUUGAGGAUUGAUGGAGCCUUAAAUGUGAAUGUGACUGAAUUCCUGACCAACCUGGUUCCUUACCCAAGGAUUCACUUUAUGUUUUCUUCAUAUGCCCCCGUGGUUUCUGCUGAGAAAACAUAUCAUGAGCAGGUCUCUGUGACGGAGAACCACAGACCCAUCUGGAGAGUGCUGUCAAUGGGAUCUAGCACCUAUUAACGUGUUCGCAGUAUCAACAUGCAAUGCCACUGUAGUUUGGUCUCUUGCCCCUUGUUGUUCGCGUGGAAAUACUUUUCAGUUUGAUUAGCAGGAUACAUUGUGAAAGCUUCCAAGCAACACAGUUGAGAAGAGCUAUCCGCUCAGAGAAUUUGACUUACAAAAGAGUAUUCACUUAUUCUUCUAUAAGGUUGCCGAAUUGAUUGCUGGGGUUCUAUAACCCAUGUAAUCGGGAUAGCUAUG